GCUGAGGUGUUGGUCAGCACAAAAUGGCAAAACGACAGAAUGGCCGUUUAGCCGCGCUCGCUUUUGCUCCCAUCUAGCUAACUGCAUUCUCUUGAAACGUCCUAGAACUGCACCUCUAACAUGUAUCAGCACGUUUAUGGCGGCCGUGGGGGCGGAGGAAACAACCAGUCGACGGAAUGGCACGGACAGCCACAGAACUACGACCCAAGGCAGCAAGGCCCUCAGAGCAUGCUGAUGCCGGUGCCUAUGCCCAUGCCGCCUGGCCCAGGCGUGCUGCUGCCAAUUAUGCCUGGCGCCCAACUCGGUGCAGCCCUGCACCUUCCGGUCGUGGCGAUGCCUGUUAUGGCGGGCUUCCCGCCUAUGGGCCCUGCAGGCGGCCCCGCGUACGGCGUCGUUGGCCAGGGGCCAGGGGGCCCCGGCCCCGGCAGCACCGGCGGGCAGGGCUACGGAGGCGGCGGCGGGUACGGGGGCAACGGGGCGGCGUAUGGCGGUGGUUACGGCGGAGGCGGCAUCGGUCCGGGCCAGGGUCACGGGUACGGUCAGCACCAGCAGCACCAGCAGCAGCACCAGCAACACCAGCAGGGGCAGGGGCAGCCUCAGCAGGUUUAUGGGGAUGGUAGCAGACAGGCCAACGGCCAGGCCCGGCGCUAUGAUUAUGACUAUGCCCGACCCUCCGGGCCGACGGCGCCAGGUGGCCCAGGCAGAGGCGGCGGCGGGGCAGGGGGUGAUGUGGGUCGGGCACGGCGGCCCUUCUCAGAGGCGCCACCGCCGCAGCCGCCUGGCGGUCCGGGGGGCCGGGGCGGCGAUGUGGGUCGUACACACGGCUACGGCCGCCCAGAUUCCUGGGCAGGCCAGGGCCGGGGCCAGGGCGCGGAUCGAGGGCAUGGUGGUGCGGCGGGGGCGGCGGGGCUACCGCUGUGGGACCGCGGCCGCGACCGGGAGCGCGAGCGCACGCCCGACCCAGAUGAGCGCCGCUACGCGCCCGCGCAGCACACGGCGGCGGGCGGGGGUGCGGGCAUGGGGCCGGCCGCAGCCAACCGGCGUGACGACCGGGAUGCAAGGGGUGCGGCAGCAGAUGCGGGACAAGGUGGUGGGGCAGGGCCGGGGCCUCCGAGGGGGCCCCGUGCUCCCUACACCCACCCACACGGGCACCACCACCAGGCUCCCGUGCCCGCGCCAGUGGGAGGUGGGAGGGGUCCCGGCGCUGCUCCAGCCUCGGUGUCGCCUGCAGCGGCUGCAGCGGCGGCUGUAGCGGACCCGGACUAUGUGUCCCGGCAGGGGCACGUGUACACGGUGCUGGGGCGCAACGUGAAGCGCAUCGUGGCGGAGCUGACGCCCAGCGCGGCGGAGGCGGAGGCGCGGGAGGGCGUGUUGCGGGAGGUGGCGGCGGCGGCGGCCGCGGCCUUCCCCGAGGCGCGCGGGCGGCUGCGAGUGGAGCCAUUUGGCAGCUACGUCUGCGGCCUGGGCACCUCCUCCUCCGACAUUGACGUGGUGCUGGUGGGGCUGGCGGAGCCGUCGCCGCAGCUGGGCUUCUACGGCCGAGAGGAGCGCCCGAGGGUGGCCCGGCUGCUGGACCGCAUCACGCCGCAGCUGCGCGGCCGGCUGCGGCUGUCCAAGCUGCUGGCCAUUCGGCACGCGCGCAUCCCCAUCCUCAAGCUCACCACGCACUCGGGCGUCAGCGUGGACGUCAGCAUAGCCAGCGACAGCGGCCCGCGCGCGGCGGCCUUCAUACGGCAGCAGGCCGUGGCCUACCCCGCGCUGCGGCCGCUGGUGCUGGUGCUCAAGAGCUACAUGCGCGCCGAGGGGCUGGCGGAGGUGGCCAGCGGGGGGCUGAGCAGCUACGGCCUGACCUACAUGCUGCUGGCGCACCUGCAGGAGGAGGCCAAGCGCGGCAGCGACAUGGGCGACCUGGGCUGCCUGCUGCACGGCGCACUGCGGCGGUACGGCAGGAGCUUCGACGUCAACACCAUGGCCGUGUCGGUCAGGGACGGCGGGCUGGUGCCCAAGGCCAGCCUGGGCUUCGGCCACGUCGACCACGGCGACCGCAUCGUCACCAUCGACCCGCUCACAGGCCGCAACUGCACGGAGGGCACGUGGCGCAGUGGCGAGGUGCUGGAGGCGCUGGGGCGGGCCGACACCUACCUGGCCGGCUGGCUGCAGGUGCCGCGGGAGGGCGUGGCGCCGGACGCCGACAUCCUGGGGCCGCUGGUGUCGGACGUGGAGGCGGAGGAGCAGCGACACGGGCAGGGGCGCGGGGGCAGGCGCGCGGGAGCAGGAGGAGGAGGCAGGGGCGGGGACAGGGGUCGGGAGGAAGAGGGGACCGGGGAUGGGGAGGAUGGCGAUGCACCGUACAUACACACCACGGGGCCCGGGGCGGGCAAUGGCAAUGGCACGCUAACGGGCGGCGGAGGGCAUGCGCUGGGCAAGCGCGGCCGCGCGUAGCCGCGUCGCUCCGGCAGCUGACCUGGCGUCGUCAUUGAAAGUGGCGUGCAAGUUCAUGUGUUGAUACCGUUAUGUGGCAAAGCAAGCAUGCCUAGUGGCGGCCAUACUGCUUUGAAGGUUUAGGGCCGCUAGGGCUUCUACGGUACACAUUAGGAGUACGUGUACCUGCCCGCAUACGCGCCGUCGCACAUGGUAGAACGGCAUAGGACCUGCCAUAAUGCAUCGCGCCAAUGACGUAUGAGCUGAUGACCGCUCCUGAUGUGAUGGGGGCGCAGAUUAUUUAUGUUGUGUGGGCAUGGCGUCGCAGAAAGGCGUAGGGACUGCUGGCCAGCAGGGCUAAGCCCGGGUGGCCGCUGCACAUCAUGCCGGUCUAUUCGCAUUGUCUAUCACAUGCGGGCGGUGUGGUUCUACUUCUAGUACUUAAGUGCCCCCAGUAUUGUGGGGAUUGCUGCAUUUAUCGAGCAAGAACUCCUGUGGAGCUGCGGGGAAGCAGGUGCUGAGACACAAUACGCGCUCUGGUCAGUGGGGAGCAUGCAGGGGCCGGGGGUAGGGGUUCAAUUGC